AUGUCAUCGGCCACCAUUUCAAGCAAGGUGUCGUUUGGAAGUAGAAGUCAUUUUCCAAGUUGUCAUUGUGGUGAGCUCGUGGGAUCUCAAGGACGACCCAAAGGAGUUCUGACAAGGCUUUGCAGCGACUCCAGCAAGGUUGUGCACCAUCUUUCCCCUCUGCCAACUGGAGAAGCCUCGGCAAGGCAACACAGACUCAGGACCCGAGGCAAAUCACCACCACUAGAACUCCGACGAGGCUUUGCCACCACUCCCAGAGGCUCUGCAGGAUUGCAAAUUUGGUAA